AAUGAGUUUGUAAGUAUUAUUUAGCAAUACUUCAUAAGAGUACUUGGAGUUUAUUUGAGCCUCCUUUUUUCUUAUGUAUUAUGUACUACUACAAUUCUCUGUAUUUGUUCUAGGUAGAGUUGGAGUUAAAACUUGGUGUCAAACUAACCAAUUUUUCAUUUAAUGGCCGUUUUUGGCAUGAACAUCACAUUCUGCACAAAUAAUAAUCGAUGGACAACUGAAAACUGUAAUUUACUUCUAAUUAUGCUCACACUUAUAAAUGUGUGUAUUGUCAUCGAGGAGCGGGCUGGGAGUUCAUUAGCUGAAUUAGAUAUGUACAUUAAAUAUACUUUUCAACAUUUCCUCACAAAAUAUUUUGACGGCGUGUAGUGGACACAUCCCUCUGUGCAUUAAUCUGCAACUGGACAACAGGCAUCACAUGCUGGUUUCCUUUCUGCCUUGAUUCUUGUGUGUAUACAUUCUUAAAUGAUGCUCACAUUUUGUCAUUCUCUUUCAGGAUCACUUUCCCAUAGCCAGCCUUCGGCCGUACUUCUGCAGGGUCCAAAUGAGCUGGUGUGCCUGGCUUACAGAUUCGGCCCUGCCUCCAUCAAUAUCAACUGGCUUCUCGAUGGCACCACACAGCUCAGGAGUUACAAUACUAGUGAACUUCACUGAGGUCCAAAGGGAAAGUUCGGCAUCCAAAGCCGACUCCCUCUUUCCCGCCACGAAUGGCUACCUGGGCAGAUAAACCAUUGUAACGAACGGAACAUGUCCAAACCAGAACCUUGGAGCAUCAUGAGUUCGGGACAGGCCUGUAUCUUCCUCAGGCGUGGCAACAGAAGACAGCAAAGACAACUGACCAAUGAGGAAAUAGAAGAGUUACGGGAGGCUUUUGAGGAGUUUGAUAAGGACAAAGAUGGCUUCAUAAGCUGUAAGGACCUGGGCAACCUUAUGAGAACUAUGGGCUACAUGCCAACCGAAAUGGAACUCAUAGAACUGGGCCAGAACAUCAACAUGAACUUGGGAGGAAGAGUAGACUUUGAAGAUUUUGUGGAACUGAUGACCCCCAAGCUUCUGGCAGAAACGUCAGGGAUGAUCGGGCUGAAAGAACUGAAAGAUGCAUUUAAAGAGUUUGACUUAGAUGGUGACGGCAGCAUCACCACUGAAGAACUGCGCCAUGCGAUGACCAAGUUACUGGGCGAGCAGACCACCAAGACCGAGAUCGAACAGGUGGUCCGGGAGGCGGACAAAAAUGGAGAUGGCACAGUUGACUUUGAGGAGUUUGUUAAAAUGAUGUCCCGUUAACGGCACCAUGAAGAAAUCCUGGAAGUGUGACAGAGGAAAGGAAGUCUUUUAGUACUUUCCCUACUAAAUAUCAACAUCUUGGACUAUUUUUAACUGCUGACUUUUUUUAAAUGCUUACCAGAAAUGAUUUAUUUUGUUUAAUUUAUUUAUAAUAUUUGCCAUUUGUUGCUACGUAAGAAAAGAAGUAGCACAAUAUUUUACAUGUAAAUGUCUGCAAUGUAUUUGUAUUCUUGGACUUAAAACCUAAAACAUAAAUAUUAUUUUACUUGUUGUGUUUGUUUGUCUACUUUAUAUAUCAAGACAGUCCUAGCACAGAGUUAUGCAGUGACAAUGGCCUCGGAGAACCAGACCUUAAGUUAAAUAUUUGAUCUUUGACACAGUUUUUAUGAAGAAUGGAUUAUCAAUAUCCAAGGUCCUUGACAUCUUCUUCGGCAGUCAGUCUCUUGCAGCUGCUUUGCACUGAAAAAUAUGCUGUUGAAUUAUAUAUCUUCACAAAUAAUCCAAUUGUUAAUAACUUAUGAACUGGUUGUGGGAGGCAACUGGACCUAUGCAUUCACUUGUUGUUGUUGUUGUUGUUGUUGUUGUUGAUGUUGUAAUCUCUCUUAACUAAUCCUGUCUCACCACGCUUAACGUGGUCAGGGCUAUCCAAUAGGAAAAAAGAUUUCAGCAUUUACACUGACAUGUAUAUUGUUUCCUAUAGAAUUGACAUAUUUAGUAAGAUUUGUAACACUGAACCCAUAUAACACAAGUUCAUGUUUUGAAACCAUUGGCAAUUGCAUAAGACAACCAAAUUAUUUGGUGUGUGUGUGUGUCUGGUGUAUGUAUAUGAAGGCAUACAUUUUGUAUGCAUGUAUAUGUCUGGAUUAAUCUGUCUUUAUGCCGUGGAUUAGUUGAGUCCAUCUAAUCCUGAUGACAUGAGCAGAUGGCAGACAAGGAAGCUUUCAUGUACUAAAUUAAUCUAAUGUUACUCUGCAACUGAAAAAGGUUAAUGGAGAGAAUCUUUUAGAACAAAGUGCAUUUAGGUCAAUUCUUCCAAGUCCCUCAUUGUACUUGAGAUCUGUGCUGUGCUGAGGAUUCUGCUUAUCCCUAUCAUGAGUGAAAUUGUGGAAGAUAAAUAGUCUUCUAAAAAUAAAUUUCAACAACAUCUCCUUUGCAUUGUGCAAA